AUUUUUGUGCUCAUUAUAAUUAAAUAAAUAAAUAAAUGUUCACUCGAUCUAACAUUUGACCUUACUUGUGCUUUGGCUUUUAAUAAUUGAUAGGUCUACUUUAACACGGAAUAGCUUCCGGUUACAAUUGUAAUAAGGUUGUUUACAAAUGGCUGCCACUGACUCAAUACGAGUGGUCGACGAAGAUUAUGUUCGACGUAUACAUAGUCGAAACCCUUCUGGACACUUACAUAAAGGUCAUGGCAUUGUAGCAGCCACUUCUUCUAUUCCCAGUAGAUACCAGACAAUAGUUACUGAUAAUGCUGAUCGGAAAGGAUUUGGACAACAAGCAAAAAGAUUUCACUCAGAAAACUAUUUUACUGAUGCCCCUGGACCAGGAAGCUAUGUUGGUCAUGUAACAGUUGAUAAUACCUCAGUAUCGCUAUCAAAGAAAGGAACGGGUGGAUUUGCCUCCAAGUCAAAGCGCCAAAGUCGCUAUUUGAUGUCCAAUGCACCAGGACCCGGUAUAUACAACUUGCCAGGCUUACUGACAACGCAGAAAGACUUUAAUAAGUCUGGCACCACCGGAAAUUUCCACAAACCCAUUGCUGUACCGCUUGAAAAUGACCCACGUCACCAAAAACCUGCACCCAAUGCAUAUGAUGUUCAAAAGAGUAAAUACGGUAAAAGCAACAAUGUAUCAGCUGACUCUGCAUUUAAAUCACAGUCCAAACGAGAAAUGAUCAACAUUAAAGAGGCGUUGAAGAAACCAGGACCAGGUCAAUAUGAUGUCAAUGACGCAUUGUUGCAUGACAAUGUAAAAGUUCCAUUUUCAAGUUUUAAGUCAACGAGUAAGAGACAAAUGGCACCAGAUCCACCAAAGGUUCCUGGGCCAGGUGCAUAUAAACCAAAUGAACCAGUUGAUCCAGCAAAUAAACAGUUAUUUCCGCGUAAGCACUACCUAUGUAUAUCAGCCCCUGCCAUGCCUCUGCCUGACACACCCCCCUCUCCAGGGCCUGGCAGUUACGAGUUAAGGGACUUUGAGGGCCCUAGCAAACACUAUAUGUCAGGGGCCGCCUUUGUGUCGACAACGAGUCGUUGGACUUCAAACACCAUGAGAGUUGGAGACAUGCCUGGGCCAGCUCACUAUAGACCAGUCAGUAUGGGAAAGCAGUCAUUUAUCUACAAUGCAGGGGCAAAAUGGAUAUAGUUUACGAUUGCGGAAACAUUGAGGAAAAAAUCUGAAGAAAAUAUAUAAAUUGGAACCUUAUGAUAUUGGCACUUUUUUAACUAGAAAAAAAAACAUUUUAACUGGAAUAUACGAGUAUGUGCAUUUUCUUGAAACCUGUAAUUACCAUAAAAAUGGGUACCAGUAAUCUGUAAAUAAAUGUAUUUAUUUUAGAACUGUGGUGUUAUGUGUUAACAAUCUGUUCCUUUUAAAUUGUUAAGUAUUAUUUGUAGUUUAAAUGGAAUCCAAUUAUUAUUAUUACAUCCACAAAUUAAGUUCAUUGGGUGUGUGUGGGAGUGGAAGACAUAAUGUGUCAGUCUGUUGUUUUUCAUGGUUUCCUGAAACCAUGGUUUCCUAUAAAUUGGUUGACAUAUUGAAAUACCUUUUCAAAUUAAUGUGUAAUAUAAUUAAAUACAGGUGAAGUUUUAUUUUGUUACAAAGCACAAAACAGACAGGGUAAAUGCCCUUUUUCGAAUACAAUUCUUACUCCAACCAUUAUAAUUGACACAAAAAUAUUUAAUUACUUCACUUAAAUGUUCUUUAUUGUUGUAUUGUCGUUAUAUAAGCACUUGAAAAAUGAAUUAAAAUAAACUAGGGUAUUUUGGCAUGAGUUUAAAAUUUAAAUUCUGGUUUCUGUUUAUUUGUAUUGAACUUCUUUUCAUACAUUUAUUUGAUUCAAUAUAAACCAUUUACACCUUUAAAUAAAGGAAAUAUUUUAGUUUUUUAAGCGUAUAGCUCAAAGUAUCAAUGUAAGUGGAGGUGAUAUAAUGUUCAAUAUUAAAUAUUGUUUGGUUAUCAUCUGGGUUUCUUUGUAGGUAUAGUAACUUGCAGUGUAAAAAAUGGACAAUAAGCUCAAUGAAAUGUAAAUAUUAUAUGGCAUGUAUAACAUUUAGUUAGGUGUUUGGUCCAUAAAGUAUGGUUAUUUUGUUGCGCUUAAAAAAUUACUGGUUAAUCAACACUUUUUGAAAAACAAGCACUAAGCAUUAGUUAUAAGCAAUUCUCUUUAUGGGCAGUUUAGUAAAUGUUAUACUUAAUGUGCCUACUUGAUGUUGUAUUGUCUUUAAAGUCUGUGAUACAUUCUUAUGAACUCUGUGGUAAAGUUUAACACAAAAUUAUACAAUUAUCUUAUAUUUAUCAUGUUUUACCAUUUUAUUAUUAAUAAGUGUGUUUUAAAUGAUAAAAAUGUAAUAUUUAUGUUGAGAUAUUUUGUCAUUAAAAAGACGAAAAUAUU